AUGCAGUUAUCGUGGAAGGAUAUACCGCCCGUGCCAACGUCGAAUGACAUGUUGGAUAUAAUAUUGAACAGGACGCAGAGGAAAACCCCCACUGUGAUCCGUCCCGGUUUCAAAAUCACACGUAUCCGAGCCUUUUACAUGAGAAAAGUCAAGUUCACCGCUGAGGGUUUUGCUGAAAAGUUCAACGACUUGUUGAGCGGGUUCCCCAACAUCAAUGAUGUCCAUCCUUUCCAUCGUGAUUUGAUGGACACGUUAUAUGAAAAGAACCACUACAAGGUCUCGUUGGCUGCUGUUUCCAAAGCCAAGACUUUGAUUGAGCAAGUUGCUCGAGACUAUUGCCGUCUUUUAAAGUUUGGUCAGUCCUUGUACCAGUGCAAGCAGUUGAAGAGAGCUGCAUUGGGCCGUAUGGCUACUAUCACCAAGAAGUUGAAGGACCCAUUUGUCUAUUUGGAGCAAGUUAGACAGCACUUGUCGAGGUUGCCCAGUAUCGAUCCAAACACGAGAACGUUGGUGAUUUGCGGGUACCCCAAUGUCGGUAAAUCGUCGUUUUUGAAAAGCAUCACCAAGGCCGACGUUGAAGUCCAGCCGUAUGCAUUCACCACCAAGUCGCUUUACGUGGGACAUUUCGAUUACAAAUAUUUGCGAUUCCAGGCGAUUGACACCCCUGGUAUAUUGGACCGUCCAACUGAGGAGAUGAACAAUAUUGAAAUGCAGAGUAUAUACGCCAUUGCCCACUUGAGGUCGUGUGUUUUGUACUUUAUGGAUCUCAGUGAGCAGUGUGGGUUCUCGAUUGAGGCGCAAGUCAAGUUGUUCCACUCCAUCAAGCCUUUAUUUGCCAAUAAGUCGGUGUUGAUUGUGAUGAACAAGAGUGAUAUUAUCAAGAUUGAGGACUUGGACCACGAGAAACAGGAGUUGAUUGACUCGUUGAAGGUUGUCCCUGGAGUCGAAAUCAUGCAAACCUCGUGUUAUGAAGAGGAAGGGGUGAUGCAAGUGCGUAACCAUGCUUGCGAGAAAUUGUUGACGGCUAGAAUCGAGCAGAAAUUAAAGGGAACUGCAAGGGUCAAUAAUGUGUUGAACAAGAUCCACGUGGCCAGACCGCAGCAAAGAGACGACGUUGCGCGUUUGCCUCACAUUCCAGAGGGAGCUAAGGAUUUGGCCAAAUACGACGUUUCCGAUCCAGAGAGAAGAAAAUUGGCCAGGGAUUACGAAGCUGAAAACGGUGGUGCUGGUGUUUUCAACCUCAAUUUGAAGGACAAGUACAUCUUGGACGAAGAAGAGUGGAAACAAGACACCAUGCCUGAGUUUUUGGACGGUAAGAAUGUUUACGACUACUUGGACCCAGAUAUUGCCGCCAAAUUGCAGGCAUUGGAGGAAGAGGAAGAAAGAUUGGAGCAAGAAGGCUUUUACGAUUCAGAUGAAGAAGAUGAAAACAUGGGCGAUGACAACCAAGAGGAAAUUGCCGAUAUCAGGGCUAAAGCGCAAUGGAUAAGAAACAAGCAAAAGACAAUGAUUAUAGAAGGAAGAAACAGGAAAUCAUUGAAGAACAAAGCCAUCAUGCCCAGAGACCAAGUCAAGAGAAGCGUGGGCGACAUGGAGGAACACAUGUACAACAUUGGCCAUGAUACCGAUAAGCUAAGAGAAACCGUGAGCAAAAAGAGGAAAGCUGGAGGCGAGAGUGAUAAGAUGUCGGGAGUUGAUAUCUUGAGGCAUAACCAAGGUAUCAAGGCUAGAAAAUUGGCCAAGAAGAAACAACCUUUGACGCAAUCGGAUCGAUUGAACGAUGGUGUUAGAGAUGGUGCCAUGAGAUCGCAUGCUGAAAGACUCGUGAGGAUGGAAAGGAGAGAAAGGAACAGAAACUCGAGACAGGGUGAAGCUGAUAGACACGCCACGGCGGCGUUACCUAAGCAUUUGUUUAGUGGUAAGAGGGGUAUUGGUUCAAACGACCGUCGUUAG